AUGUCAUCAAAUCAACCCAGUGAAGGUUUGACUGGAAGAAAGAUUAUUUAUGAUGAAGAUGGGAAACCUUGUCGUUCAUGCAAUACAUUAGAAGAUUUUAAAUUUGUUACUGGUAAGAUAACUGGCAAACCAGUAGGAUCUACUAGCAGUGCAAAAAGCACGCAUCAUAUACCCAAGACAAGUAAAUUAAUCCCUGGAUCUAAAAUUUAUGAAAAGCAAGAUCCCCCAGAUGUCAAUGAACUUGGUAAGUCUACAUGGAAUUUUUUACAUAGCAUGGCAGCAAAGUAUCCAGUGAAUCCCAGCUCUCAACAGAAGAGUGAAAUGAAUCAAUUUUUCAAUAUUUUUUCACAUAUAUAUCCUUGCAAUUGGUGUGCUGAUGAUUUCGAAAAGUAUAUCAGAGAAAAUGCACCAAGGGUCAAUUCAAGAGAUGAAUUAGGAAGAUGGUUAUGUGACGCACAUAAUCAAGUCAACGAAAAGUUAGGAAAAGAAAAAUUCAAUUGUAAUUUAUGGGAUAAAAGAUGGCGAACCGGAUGGGAUGAAUGA